CAUAUUUAUGUGAAAAAAUGCUAAUAAUUUUUUUUUUUUCACAGUUCGAACCUACAUGUCACCAGUACAGACGCAGUGCCUAAACAUUGAUUAUUAUAUCAAUGACAAUGGCAUUUCUGAUACUUUUACAGAUCAAAGAUGGAUGAGACUUCAUAUGGCGAGAUCGGUGGUAGCUCUGUUCAUCGUAUCCUUCCUAUUCUCCACGUUAUCAGCAUUUCCAGGCCUGGUCGGCUGCUGGAGGAGAUCUCACAGCAACAUCAUCGCUACAGGCCUACUACAACUUCUAGCAGGUUUAGUUGUAGCAUCUGCCAUUGCAUUAUGGCACGCUAUACCACAUUAUGAAUAUGAGAAAUUGAAUUUUCCCGAGAUGAGUUUCAGCAGAUGGCCAGAGGUUUUGCAGAUCUAUAGCAGAAGUUAUUAUGGUUGGUCUUACGUAUUGGCUUGGCUCGGAGUUGCUUUAACUUUAUCCUCCUCCUUCAUGUUCCUCUGUGGUGCGCAGUGUCUUCGAAAGGAGAAACAGAAGGAGAAAACUCAAGGAACUGCCUAUCUUGUGCCUAUUUACGCCGGACCUUAUCAUUGUCCAUAUUCAUAUUAGAAAAUAUAAAGGAGAAGAAUAUGAGUAGACUCUUAGAACGAACUGGAAAGAACUUUAAUCACUGAAGUGGCCAAUACUUCUAAGCUUCCAGAUCAGUCACAGAGCGGCAAGCUCUAUAUUUCUUACUGUGUUUCUUACUUACUCCACAGUUGAAGACUACUGAUAAUUUUAAUUUAUCCUCAAUUUAUAACUGGAAAACACCAACUGUUGAACAUUUUUAUCAAUAAGAAUAAUUACUCAUACGCAAUUUACUAUCAAUAUUAGAGAAGAUGUAUUUGAAAACAUCAUUAUAAUUAGUGGUUCGAUUUUAAAAUAUACAAGUAUUGGAUCACUUUAAAAAAAAUAAUUCUGUAAUGUUUUGGAUUCAUAGAAUGAUUUCGUAUAGUAACAAUACUACUAUUUAAAAAUGCUUUUAUUUCUUGAGGUAAAAUAACAAAUUUCUUAGAACAUGGAAUAAUUUUUCCGCGCGUGAAUUUUAAUUUGCAUAUAACUGUAAGCAAUAUGCCGAAUGACAAAGCAGAUAAAUAUAUUUACUUAAUGACUCUAUUUCGUCUAAAAAGAGAAAAAGAUGUCAUGUUUAAUGUUAUAAUCAUGCACGAAAUCAUCUGCUUGACUUGGGCAUAAAGGAUAUUAGGCAAGCAAAAUGAAUGUCUUCUGUAAACGGAGAAGAGCUUAUAACAAAUUGAACUGAAAUCUCUAAAGUAUUUAUUUUUUACCAAAAAAGUAAAUAUAAAAUACGUUACUUUUCUAAAGAUGAUUAGUGUUCCGUUAAUUAAUAAAAUUCCGAAAAAUUCAAUUAUUUUGCAAAUUACGAAGUGAAAUUUUGAUUAAAAUUAUUGUAAUAUUUUUAAAAAAGAAGAGCAUUAAAUAAUGUCAUAAUUUUGAUCGAUGUGCAUUUUGCAGACGACAAGUUAUUGAGUUUCAUCGAGCAUAUUCGAAUUUGAUUAAAAUACAUUUCAACAAUAUGCAUUCUCUUAUUCAUAUAACAAGCGUUUAUGUUGUCAUUGAUGAAACUUUAGAAGAUACUAGAAUUAUAUCAAAAUGUUGACUUUUAUAAUAACUCCAACUAAUAUGUAUAGCAGCAAAUAAAUGAAAACUGGAAAAAAAAAAUAAAUGUUAGUUCUGAAGAUUUUGAUUUUAUAAAUACGAGCACUGCAUUUAGUAAGAAUGGAAGAAUCAACAAAGUAAGUUUGUUGUGAAAGAAUGCUCGCAAAAAGAUGGGUUUCCUGCGUUCAUCUUUUCAGUAAAAUAGUCAAUGUUCUUUUUAUUAUAAUUUUCUUCAACAAAACAUUUUUGAGUGUGAUAAUGUAUGGCCAAGUAUAGUUUCGUCACUAGCUGGUUGUUAGACGCAGUGCAGUGAAUGAAAAAGAAAGCUGUUGGUCUUCGGAAUGCUGUCAGAAGAAUAAGGAAAUUUGAAGAACUAAUAUCUGUCUUUUACUAAUCAAUACCAAUUACUGGUGUCUCAGCCUUUUUCAGUAAUUGUUCUUUAUUUUGUAAAUUUCUAAAACAGUAAGUUGUUUAGAUAACCAAUAUCAAGAUUUGUAAUUUAAUUUAAUCAAUAUUAAUCUACGUUAUAUGUAAUUAAAGCACAUUAACUGAAUUCUUUUUACUCUUCUGGGCAGCAUCAUUGCGUUAAUGAUAUUCUCCAUGAAAAUAGAUCAGAUGAUGCGACAAUCGAAUGGAAAUACUUCUGAAGAGAGAACAGGCAGUAAAACUUUAAUUAUUAAUAAAUUAUGUAGAAUGCAUAUUUGUGUGCAGCAGCAAUUAUGAAUUUUAAUUUACUGUUUUAUUCCAAGAACAAACUAUAAAUUUGUCAAACGACAAUUAAAAAUUUAGUUUAUGUAUUCUCUAUGUUUAGAUCAAAAUAUUACCAUUCAUGUAAAACAAGAUUGCAAAUAUUUUGUAUAUAUUU